AUUAUUUAGAAACUUGUAGUAGAAAAAGAGUAAAAAAAGAGUUAAAAACAGUGGGUUGGGUGAACCCAUGGUGUGUAUGUGGAUGCCUUAAUGGGAGUUAUCAGUGUUUUCUACUUCACUGCGUGUCCUUAUAGAUUAUAUCUGCUGAGGUGGUGGUGCUAUUACUUCACCAUUGAUUAGAUUAGGAAACCUGGGAAGGACACCCACGCACACACACACACACACACACACACACACGUCAGAUGCACAUUCACACAUGUUACUGUCUGUAAGAACAAACGCCCAAAUUUGUGCAAGCGUUCUCCAAAUAAAUAAAUAAAAGAGCAAUGAAAGACAGAGGAGGGAAAGGAAAUGUGUCUUUUCUCACUAUCUAUUCAUCCCUGUGAUAAGUGUAUGAGAGAAGGUUAGAUAAGUGAAGUGUAAUAAGGUGAGAAGAACCCCAGCUCCUCCCCUCCUUAUUGUUCAAGGCCCAAUCAGAUCAGAUUAUGGGUCUUUUAUGUCAGGGAUCUCCCUUGUUAUUUCUGAAAGAAAUAGAUGAAACGGAGACAGGACUCUAGGAAAAAGAGAAGAGAAGAGAAGAGAAGAGAAGAGAAGAGAAGAGAAGAGAAGAGAGAGAAAACCAGGCUCAAACAGGAAUGAAGUAUCCUCCUACUCCUCAGAGUAAAACUCUGUUAGAUAUGGAAGUAGCCAACUACUGUGAAGGCCUGGAUCCUUCAUACAACACGCUGGGCUUUGAGCAUGCAGAGGUACUCUAUGUAGGAAGAGACAGCAUGCCGACAGAGCCAAGCCUGCCUGGUCCAGAUGGGAUCAUUAGUAACUGUGCGAUCUGUGGAGAUAAAGCCACAGGGAAACACUAUGGAGCCUCCAGCUGUGAUGGCUGCAAAGGCUUCUUCAGACGCUCAAUACGCAAGAGCCACGUCUAUACCUGCAGGUUCAGCAGACAGUGUGUCGUGGAUAAAGAUAAGAGGAACCAGUGUCGUUUCUGCAGACUCAACAAAUGCUUCAGAGCUGGCAUGAAAAAAGAAGCUGUACAGAAUGAGAGGGAUCGGAUCAGUUCCCGAAGAAGUAUCUCCGACUCCCAAGACCUUCCAACCAUUACUAUUUUGGCCCAAGCAGAAUCAUUGUCCCACCAGAGCACUACUCCGGGUGGAAUAGCAGACUUGUCAGAGCAGAAGUCAGCCACUGUAGGGGACAUAUGUGAUUCUAUGAAACAGCAGUUAUUGGUGUUGGUGGAAUGGGCCAAAUAUAUUCCUACUUUUGGAGAACUUCCACUGGAUGACCAGGUGAGCUUGCUUCGGGCUCAUGCUGGUGAACACCUCUUGCUUGGGGUUGCCAAAAGGUCAAUGCCAUUCAAGGACUUCCUGCUUUUAGGUAAUGGCUGUGUGAUCCACAGAGACAGUCCUGAACCAGAGAUCUGCAGGGUAGCCAACAGAGUCCUGGAUGAACUGGUGCAGCCCUUCCAGGACAUACAAAUAGAUGACAAUGAGUUUGCAGCACUCAAGGCUAUUGUCUUUUUUGACCCAGAUGCAAAGUCUUUGCGGGAUCCUUCGAAGAUUAAGACCAUGCGACUGCAGGUUCAGAUGAGUCUGGAAGACUACAUUAAUGAUCGUCAGUAUGACUCCAGGGGUCGUUUUGGAGAGCUGUUACUCCUGCUGCCCACCCUGCAGAGCAUCACCUGGCAGAUGAUCGAACAGCUCCAGUUCAUUAAGUUUUGCGGCCUGGCCAAGAUAGACAACCUGUUGCAUGAAAUGCUUCUAGGAGGGCUUACAACAGAACCCACACACCUGCACCAUUCAGCACACACCCAGCUGGCCCAGGACCCUGUGACUGGACACACAUUGGUCAUCAGUACCAUGCCUGUCAAUCACACUCCACAAAUAGCCUCUCCAGACACUCCCAUCCCAUCGCCCCCGCAGGGUCCUGCACCGGAAAUGUACAAACAUUUUCCCCAGCCUGUUUGUCCUCCAGCGAGCCCUUCACCUUCUGCACAGACAGACCCCUGACUCUUUCCUGCAUUAUGUCAACGAAUCUGACAGCAGAUCAGUUUCCUUGCCCCCUGUUCAUUAUCCAGGCAUGGUAUGAAAAUUAUGACAGAAAUCUCUGUUCAGUGUCAGCAGUUAGACUUUCCUACCCCAUGACUCCUGGAGCUCCUGAUACAAUAUCCUAACCAGUUAUGUGCACCACCUUUCGGGCUCUAUUUUCUUACAGUGGCAAAACUCACAAAAGAAAAGUACAAUUUUUAUGCAGUCUUUUUCAGGUACAAGCCUGUCUGUGCGUGUCUGCGUGUGUGUCUGUGCUUAUUUGCUUAUUUCCUGGCACCAGAGUGUUUGGCAGCGCAGGCUCUGGGUAUCCUGAUCAGGCGGCGCAGUCAAAUAUUGGUGCUCAUUUUAGCACAAAAUUGUAUUUGCCUUAAAACACGCUCAGACCAUGUCUUACCCACAGUCAUCACACCGCAGCAAGAAUGAUACGUGUGUUUCCACUGUAGUCACUGAUAUGAAAGAGGGAUUGUAUUUAAGUUGCAAUGAUGGCACAGCAGCAACUUUAUUAUUCAUUUAAAUCUCCAGACUUGGCAGCAGGAUCCGUCAACUAAAGGCAUGUUCUCUGUUUUUCUGAGCAUCACACUAGAAAGCUAUUUCUCAGAGAUUUAACAGUGAAAUCAUCUGGAGUAAUGCAGCUGUCCCCAGGGUGAGUCCCGAGCUCCAUCAAAAUACGUGCGUAUAUGUAUAUAUAUAUAUAAUAUGUGUAAUACAAAGUCCACACUCUGUCUAAACUUAUAUAUAUUCACAUUACAUUUGUAUAAUAUUUCAUUUUGACCACUGGAAUCAUGUUCAUAAAUAUCUGCUCACAUGAUGUUCAUCCAACCUGAAUGUUAAACAAGUUAGCAUGUUGGUGAAAACAUUUUAAAACAAGCUCAAAUGCAUGUGUUCCAAUUUUGUUUUUAAAUAUCAGGGAUAGACUCCCGGAUGGGUCCAGUAACCUUUAUUUUUGCAGUGCUGAGUAAUCAAGAUAAAAGCUUGCGGCACACCGGAAGAAAAAAUAAAAGUCCAGAUGGUGGCAGCAGGAGCUCUCUUCAUGGUUUCGCUGAAUUUCAGUCUGACCGUUUGUUUAACAAAAUUAUCUCUAAGUGACCCGAAGACCGUUUAUUUUGUUUGAUGAGUAUUUUAAACUGGUAUUUUGCAGAAAGACUCAUUUAUAUUUAGAAUGCUGACUUUACUUUUAAGACAUAAAUGGGUCUGUUUAAAUAAGCACAGCUGACAGCCUAUUUAGGGUGUUGUAUCUUAAUUUUUAUUUUGAAAUUAGUGAGCUUUCUAUUUCACCUGUUGCUUCUUUCGUGUCUGAGCCUCCAUCUCUGUUCUGUCUCAAGAAAAUAGAGCCCUCAGAGUUUAAUAUUCUGCUGCAAAACUGGGAUUAAUGAAGCAAGCUGUGCAUCUAUGUGGUCACUUAAAACCAUUAACUGACUGAUGGUAUUCAAGUCAGUAAGGCACCCUUCUUGCUUAGUGAAAUGAAAAUGUUUUUUUUAACUUUCUUCCUGUCUUACAUUUCUUACUUGAUUGGUUAUACAUAUAUAUAAAACAUAUAUCUACUGUAGAUCAAUCCUAAUGUACUAAACUGUCACAAACAAGUUUAUAGGAAAAAAAAGCUAUUGCAAAAAAAAAAAAUAUAAAAAAAAAAUAAAGAUACUUAGGAAAAAAAGCUGGCUAUCAAAAAAAUAAUACUGUUCUUUUGGAUCUAAUACAUCAACUGUGCUCACCUCUAAACUACAGUAUGUAAACAGGAAGUAAAUGACAGUUAUACAACAAAAUUAUAUAUAUAUUUAAAUUUGUGGUUAAUAUUUGAUACUGAGUUAUAAUACACAUAGCUUACACAAUGAGACUUGACUGAUAUACCUACAUAUAUUAAUAUAAUAAAGAUCAGCGUUGCAGUAAUGAAAUUCAUGAUAAAUGCAGAAAGGAAUGUGGAUAAUAUUUAACUUGCUGUAUAUAUUCAAAAUUACAUAAACUAUUGGUUGGUUUGUACUGAUGAUGUGUACAUUUCUGAAUUUAUAUGUUGAUUAAAAGACAAUCUUUAA